AAGGGCGCCAUGCGUCCGCCCAGACCGCCCAGACGACCCCCGGCAAGCCGGGGCGAGAGAUGCCUGCUGACGGAGUUAGUUUGGACCGUCACUCUGCUGCUCACUGUCGCCUCUGUUGGACAGGGUGAAGAGAACAUAGACUGCUACAGGUGGGAGGACAAAGGUGCGAGUUAUAUCGGCACGGUCAACGUCACCAUCAACGGAAUAGUGUGCAUGCGGUGGGACGUACAGGACCCAUGGACCCACCAGUGGGAUCCAUCCAAUCAUCCCCGUAAGAACCUGACGAGUAACUACUGCCGGAAUCCUGACGAAGGAGACGGUCCCUGGUGUUACACCACUAACCCGGACGUCAGCUUCGAGUACUGUAACGUCUCUGUAUGUCCGAAUGGCCAGUGCAUGAACCUGUCUCCCCUGUGCGGCCAGAGCCCCGGCUGGCCCGACCCCGCCCUCUGUACGACUAACUACGUCAGUUCCAACUGCCAGGAGUUCUGCGGAGGGUGCUCCUGUGAUACUGACCCGCGCGGCCCGUGCCAGAACGGCGGCACACGGGGAGGGAACCCGAACAACUACGGCGCCCACACCUGCGACUGUAACUGUCCUGCGCCGUGGACGGGAGACUUGUGCGACGCGUGCACUGUCACCUGUUUCAACGGAGGCGUGAUAGACCAGACAACCUGCUCCUGUCAGUGCGCUCCUGGUUACUAUGGCGACGACUGUUCAGAGACGUGUAAGAACCUGGACCCGAAGUGUGGCGCGAGUCCUGGCUGGCCUUUGACCUCCAUGUGCUCUGACUAUGUCCUGGACCUGUGCCCGGAGUUCUGUGGCACCUGCAGUUGUGACGACGACCCCAGAGGUCCGUGUCUGAACGGCGGUAGUCGCGGCGGGAACCCGGCUCUGUUCGGAGACGACACCUGCAACUGUAACUGUCCUGGCAACUGGAUAGGAGAGAGGUGUGAAUUCUGCGGUGUUCACUGCGCCAAUGGCGGGAUCCUCGACCCCGUGAGCUGUACCUGCGCAUGCGCUGACGGCUGGGACGGCCAAUUCUGUCACCAACCGUGUAUUGACUCCAACCCGCUGUGUGGAGUCAGCCCGGGCUGGCCUGACGACAGCAUGUGCGGGACGGAUUACGUCAUGGAGGGCUGCCACGCCAUGUGCGGCGUCUGCUCGCUCGCUGAGGAGUGUACUGACGCGGACUCCGGCGUGAUCUACCUGAAGGGUCAGCAGUGGGCGAAGCACGACGCCACCAACCAGCACACCAUGCUCUGCACCUGCCUCGGGCCCGACUACUACGUCUGCGAGGACGUCCCGGACUGGAACGGGCCGUGAGCGGGCCUCACCUCACGUCGUACGGCAGCAAGAUUUAGUCAGUAACGUCGUACGGCAACUUGAGCACACCAAAUUGAGUCAGUAACGUCGCACGACAACUUGAGCACACUAAAUUGAGUCAUAUACGUUGUACGACAGGUUAACCACAGCAUUUUAAGGAUAUCCAUCGAACAGUUUAGGAUGUGCUGUAUGUACGUACAAGUUUUAGCCUUUUUGUGAUGGAAAAUGUUGACAUCUCGCUGAAUGUCGUACGACAAAAAGAAAGUAAGAAGAAAUAAAUCAACCAAGACAUGAAUCGA